UUGGACUUACUAGUCCUCAAAGUGUUGUAUCUCCAUUUUGUUCACUUUGCCAUGCAGAACACAGUUAGAGGUUUACAAAGACCUUCUGUUCUCAUGAGCAUUGUCCUCAUACUUGUCCUUUCUUGUUUCAUGUCUUUGCAGUUCCUUACAUCCUUGUAUUGAGUCUGGCAAGUAUGUGCUUGGAGAAUAAGACAUUUUAAAGAUGAAGUGAAGACUUCAUAAAUUCAGGGAUCUUAAAAUACGAACUUCAUAGCAUUCUGAAAGGAAAGCUUUCCUAAUCUUACAUUGAUCCAGUGUUGAGAGUGAGUGAGAUGGAGUUCAGCUAUGUUUGGAGCUACUUUGAGUUUGUAUCAGUUUGUGGGUAUUACUAACAUUUUAAUUUCACAGCUUACAAGGUAGGCAUUUAACAUUUAUAUUGAACUAGGCUAAAGAUCCUGAAUGACUUCCCAAGGUCAUAGUCACACAGCAAGUAAGAAGCAAAAUGGCAUUACUAAUAAUUGUCCCUAUUAAAAAAAUUUGGUUAUAGCAAAGUAUACAUUGAAAUGGGGGUAAUAAUUUUUCUAGUUUUUGUUUUUGAUUAGGUGGCUUUAUUAUCUGGAAAAUGAACACAUAUUCUACCACAGAAACAAAAAAUUUGAAAACCACAUCCUUCCAGAUUCUUCUGUGUUGUUUCUGGAAGUAUAUUUCAAGGUGGAUUUGUGUGUCCGGGACUCCCUUUAGUAGCAUUAGCAAAUUUGGUUUAUGAUUACCUUGACUCAGAAUAGUAAUCUGAAUCCUACUGAAUACUGCCUCUUGCAGGAUCAGAAAAUACUUUUCUAAGCCCUGAUCAUCAUUUCCAAGCAAAAAUUCUCAGGUCUUGCCCCCCACCCCAUCAAGUCCAGGCUGUGAACAUAAUGAUUUCUGCUGUCCUCUUCCCCAAAGAUUUUGAGUCCUAAAUGAGACAAGAGCUUCAUUGUUAGGCCUUGGGUGGUAGGAGAAUCACCCCUAAUACCAUAGUUUGUGAAAUCUUGCAACUUAAAGUAGGUUAAAAAUAGCUCCUUAUUAGAUGAAGGACAUAUUUUUUUUAAGUUGUACUAGUUAAUCCUACAACAGACAGUGGACCUGGCCUUCAUUGUCACAGAAAGCAAGCAAAGAGAACCAUCUGGGUGGCUUACGCCAAAAUAGCUGCUAUUCUCUGUGCUAUUGAAAUAGCAAGAAGAGAGACACACUUUGGGGGAAUAAUGGGAGGGACAAGAAGUUUGAAGAAAUGAGAAAACAGAAUGCUCAAGUAUGUUUCUUUUUUAUUAGAGCAAAUUUUUCAGAACAUAAAGCAAGAAUAUAGUCGUUAUCAGAGGUGGAGACAUUUAGAAGUUGUUCUUAAUCAAAGUGAAGCUUGUACUUCAGAAAGUCAGCCUCACUCCUCAGCACUCACAGCACCAAGUUCUCCAGGUUCCUCCUGGAUGAAGAAGGACCAGCCCACCUUUACCCUCCGACAAGUUGGAAUAAUAUGUGAGCGUCUCUUAAAAGACUAUGAAGACAAAAUUCGGGAGGAGUAUGAGCUGAUCCUCAAUAGCAAACUAGCAGAACAAUAUGAAUCUUUUGUGAAAUUCACACAUGAUCAGAUUAUGCGACGAUACGGGACAAGGCCAACAAGCUAUGUGUCCUGAAGCUUUCUUUUGCAUAUCUGGGUACCAGGUUUGACCUCAAGAGAUGGCUGCUGUACACUUUUUGCAACUGGUUUGAUACCACAUUUCAGCUCCAACUUUGCAUCCUGAGAACACUUAAAUGUUUCUGCAGGUCCAUUUUAUACAACUUGAAAGACCUUUAAACUUUCUGGUUGCCACAAGCGUAUCUUUCUUUUCUGCUCAUCCAAUAAAC